CCCGGAUCUCCUCUUUCCGUCACCAGCGAGGAGGCGGGCUGCUGCAGCUGAAGUGGUUGAAGGUCCACAGAGGUGCCGGGGCAUGUCCAAACAUAUCUGGGCAGACCAGCCAGCCAACCCCCACGGUGAGCUGUCACUGCAAAUAGGCUGAACCUCAGAAGGUUGUUAUUAUCCAUACAGUCAGGCUGCCUGAAAUCGGUCAUGUCCUUCCCGGUGAAAGUGAUAAGAGACGGGCUGUUGGAGAAGCGCAGUAGCGGGCUUCUCCAGCUGUGGAAGAAGAAGCGCUGCGUGCUCACGGAGGAAGGGCUCCGCCUGCACAGCUGCAAAGGCGGCGGCGGCAGUAAUGCUCCCGGUUCGGCGUGGAGCUCCAGAGCCAAGGAGCUGCGCUUCGAGCGCAUGGAGGCAGUGGAGUGCGUGGAGUACAAGCGAGGGAUGGUCUACUUCACCGUGGUCAUGGCUAAAGGAAAGGAAAUAGACUUUCGGUGUGCGCAGGAGGGGACGCUGUGGAACGCAGAGAUCGCCUUGGCGCUGGUCCGGUACAAGAACCAGCAGGCCCUGCAGACCGGGCGGAACCGGCACUUGUACACGGCACCUUUAGGCAGCACCGGGGAGGAUGAGGCUCUCUGAUUGGACGCCUCCCUACCUCAUGAGUUUUGAAGUAAUCGAGGAUGAGGAGGAAUCCCCACAUCCUCUGUCUUCUUUCUUUGCUGCACAGCAAUCGAGGGUGAGGAGGAAUCCAAACACCCACUGCCUUCUUUCUUUGCUGCACAGCAUUCUGGGAUGUGAAGAAAAUGCAAAAGUGACUGGAUCAAAGGACCAAGAGCACACUUUUGAAGUUUUAACUAUGGAUGGCAGUUUUUGUCUAUCAUAACCGUUCAGAGACUGCUGCAAGAUAAAAAAAAAAUAUUAGAAACCAUUGAUUUUGGAUAUAUUUUACCUUUUGUGCCUUAUAGUUUAAAAAAUAUUACUUAAAACACUUUACUUUAAAUGAUUUUGACACUGUAGCAGAAAAGUCCUGUUUUCGUUACAAACUGAACAAAUCCAUGAAGUUUAACAUGAAGAAGAAAUGUUUCUUUCCUUGAUACUUGUGGAAAAUUCUCUUAAAUGUCAUUGCUAAUACGAUGCACAGUGUUACAAAUAUAUAAAUAAAUUCACCCUUAAGAAACAUUCUCUAAAAUUUCUUUUUUUAUAGUGGUAAUCAAAAGUCUGUUAAAAUUACAGGAUUAUGAGAUUUAAAGGAUUCUAGCUCUGAUAAGUGUUGCUAAACGUUUUCCACCCUUGUUAGUUUGUUGCAACAACUUUUGAUUUAAUUUGAGUAUUCUGUCACAAUUCUCAAGUUUUUAGGUUUUGAUAUUCUUUUUUGUUUUAGUUUGAUCUUUUCCUUGUUGUUAUGAUUCCUUGUAGUUUAUUCUUGUGUUUUCUCCAUCUGUGUUUAUUAGUCUCCCUCUCUCAUUUUCCCUGCUUACCUGCUCCCUCAGCUGCUCCACAUUAUCUCCUGAUCAACACACCGACAUCCAGUGCCAUUCUGCAGUCCUCCCUCAGAAUAUAAGCUCUUUGUUGUUCAUUGUUCUACGCCGGAUUCCUUCAUUUCUGUUCCAUUUGAAAAGAAAUAUUUACUAUGCCUGUUUUUUUCCCUGUUUUUCUGCCGGUUUUUUCAUCCAUGCUCCAUGUCCUGUUUUCCCCGUGCCAUGCUGCUAGUUUUUGCCUUUUGUUUUCUUUAAAGUCCUUCAAUUCAUCAUGCCACUCCUGAGAUCCUGUCUGCACUUUGAUACAACUCCUAAACCACAAAAUCUGGCAGUAUUCACACUUAGGUAGAAGUCUAUGCCACUUCUUGACUUAAUAUUGGUAUAAAUGAUUUUUCACUCUGCCUUGCAAAGGUUCCCUAAUAAAUAAAAUAAAAUACGUUGCA